CUUUCAAGUUUCCGGCAAACAUUCAAAUGUCCGCUAUACCGCGUACUCUCCGAGUCGUUCCAAAGGCCUCUCUAAAGCCAGGAAGUAAAAUUCUUCCACCACCGCUCACAAACCAGAAUGAGCGUGCAUUCAAAGAGCCUCUGCUCCGGAUUAUGGCUCGCAGGCAACAAGAAGCGGGUGAUAUAUGGCCACCAAAUUUGCGCAUAGAGCCGCAUGUUACGAAAAAAGCUAUUGGAAAAGCGCCGGAGGAGAUGCGCGUUCAGCUGAAGAGAUUGUUGAAGGAACGGUGAACACUUAGCGUGGAUAGACACCUUGUGUCAUAUCGUGUUGUCUCCGCCGUUGCAGGACCCACUGCUCAAUGUAUUUAUGAAUAACAUUUUAAUAGUGCCCAUGGUUUCAUCAUGCGGCUGCAUUCUAUUCUUCACCACAAAUUUAUUGUGAAGAUAGGCGACGUCUCAAAAGAACGUGCGAAUGCUUCUUCAACGUCGGAUUUUUCAAUGUGCAUCCUGGCUAUUCUGCGAGAUCAACUAGUGCCAAGACAAUGCUUUAGUCAAGUCGGAC